AUGCUGCCGGUAUUAUCGCCACCGAUUCUUGAAAGCUCAUUACUUGAGAGCGGCUACACACAAGAAAGUGAUCAUGUCGUUCAGAACGGCACAUUGGACAAUUGUAGUAAUGCAAGCAGUAGUCUUUAUUGUCGGAAUGUCACGGCUCGUUUUGAGGAAUGCAUUAAUCCAUGUGUGCUCAGUUGGAACGACCUUAGCUAUGUUGUGCAAGAAAGAAGGACUGACAAAAACAUGUACGGCAAAAAGAUCAUUCUCGACAAAGUUAGUGGACGAAGUGCUCCUGGUGAACUCACUGCUAUUAUUGGGCCAUCUGGAUCGGGGAAGACAACACUCGUCGACUUGUUGGCUGAUCGCAUUAGCUCUGGAAAAGUGACUGGAACUAUCAUGUUGAAUGGCACCGACAGAGUGACUAAAACGUUUCGAGCUGUAACGAGCUAUGUAGCUCAAGAAGACACACUAUUGGGGUCGUUUACAGUAGUGGAGACCAUGCAGAUGGCAGCUAGACUCAGUAUAUCAAAUAGUGUGGUAAUGACGGACGUCUACUCUCGAGUCGAAAACGUCAUGAACGCCAUGGGACUCAGUGCGUGCAAAAAUACGCUGGUCGGCGACAUUUUCCGGAAGGGCUUGUCAGGAGGCCAAAAGCGUCGGCUCAGUAUUGCCAUUGAGCUGCUUUCAAACCCAAGCAUUUUGAUCCUCGAUGAGCCGACGAGCAGUUUGGAUUCCAGCUCAGCUCACAAUGUGAUGAAGUACAUUCUAAAACUGUGCGGCGAAGGCAAGAAUGUCGUAUGCACGAUCCAUCAGCCAUCGUCACUGGUCUACGAUAUGUUUACCAAUGUCAUUGUGCUUUCUCAAGGACAAACAGUGUACUGUGGCUCUCGCGCCAAGGUGAUCACGCAUUUCACUUCGGUUGGAUUCAACUGCCCAUUGUACAUGAACCCAGCUGAGUACUAUGUUAAUCUCGUCAACACGGAUUUCGAAGACCAUGUUAAUGUCACGAAGCUUGUGCGUUCCUACGACCAAAGUAGCGUGAAGAAGCAGAUUCUGGACCAACUAGCUGCUGACUGUAAGACGCUGCAGCAUCUUCCGGACAUUGAGCAACCAGUGCCGUCGGCGAUGCGGCAGUUUGGUGUGCUCAUGUAUCGCAAUACUUUAAACAACAUUCGCAAUCCCGGCAUUUACUGGAUCCGGUUGUUCAUGUACUUCUGUCUGAGCUUUAUGGUCGGCACCAUGUACCUGAGCACGAACGAGCAUCUAAGUGAAGAGGAUCUGGUCCCACUACUGUUCUACGUACAGGCGUUCCUGGUGUUUAUGUCAGUGGCCGUACUCCCGUUCUUCAUUGAGCAGCGUGUUGUAUUUGCUCGUGAACGUGCCAACAAUUCUCUGAGUGUGGUGAGCUACGUGUGUGCAAACUUCUUAGCGACACUCCCAGGUAUUUUCUUGAUAGCAGUCAUAUCGACAGCGCUUGUGGUGCUACUGGCGGGCUUGAACGCGAUCGAAUACUUCUUGUUGAAUCUAUUUCUGUCCUUGGUGGUGUCCGAGUCAAUGAUGCACGUGAUUGGAGCUGCCGUGCCGCAUUACAUCAUCGGUAUUGCCCUGGGAGCAGGUGUAUUUGGCAUGUUUAUGUUGUGUGAAGGCUUUAUGGUUCCUCGCGACUCGAUCCCGGGGUACUGGAUUUGGGGGUACUACGUGGCAUUCCAUUCCUACUCAUUCGAGUCUUUUGUGUUCAAGCAGUUUGAGAACGAGACGUCAGAUACGGCGAAAGCUAUUUUGGUCAAGUACGGCAUGGAAAAUGUGGAUGUCGUGAAGAACAUGCUGUAUCUAGUAGGAUACAUUGUUGUUUUUCAAAUGAUCUUCAUGGUUAUCCUUUGGAAAUUCCACACUGGUCGUCGGUGA